AUAUAAUGGUGGGCAAGUAUGGCAUUGUAAUUUGCAAGUCACACAGAUUUAAUAUAUACAAGAGGGUGAUACUUCUUUUAAGGGGAAUAUAACUGAAAAGAUGGCCAACAUUCAAGAAUAUGCAGCAGUGAAGGUGAUGUUCAGUAACAAUGUCCAAGCUACGUUGAGUGUUAAGCUGAUCAAUGGAGAUGGAGAAGACCCUGCAGACGUUUACGGAAAUAUAAAUGGCCGAUUUGGAAUUGGCAGUCAAUUUUCACUUUUUAAUAAGCAGCAAAGUCAGCGUAUUGAAGUAAGGCCUGGUGAAUUCAUUCCCUUGAGUAGGUCCGAUGUCAAUGUGCCUGAAGAAGCCAGGGAAAUGGAGAUUGAAGCUUACUUGAUGGACUAUGAUUCUGUUUCUCCCGACGAUGAAAUUGCAAAUGGCAAAGCCGUCUUUCUAGUCAAGGCUUCUGGUGAAAGUGAUAAGAAGACCAUUACCGGAAAGUAUGGCUCCAUUGAAGUCAAUGUACAGCAAGUCAGCAACGACAAUGAGAACGGUGGAGUGGUGGGUGGUGGCUGAGGACGAACAGCGGCAAUUGAAUGAGGCAGAGGCAGCGACAACAGUGACUGAGUGACACCAAGCGUGGAGCAACGACGACAGUGGAGCAACGACGACAGUGGAGCAACGACGACAGCUGACUGUGUUGAUGCGAACGGUGGAGUGGUGGGUGGUGGGUGGAGCAACGACGACAGUGACUGAGUGAUGACAAUGGUGAUGACUGAUUUCGCGUGAGGCAGAGAGGAAGAUGAGAAAUUGAGAAGUGGAAAUAGGCAGGGAGGCAGAGAGGCAAAGCAGAGAGCAAGACUUUAGGUUAUUUCCCGUGUCAUACCAAAACGGCCCGUGUCUAAGGGUGACACGGCCCGUGUCCAAAAAUCAAAAACGUCAAAAAUAAACCGAACACGGUUUUUGGAGUGUCCGAGACGUUUUGCCCCGUGUCCCACGCGUGUCCGUGUCCGACACGCAUGUCGACUCGGACACGCCUGAACUUACGAGUGUCCGUGCUUCGUUGUCUGGGUCAAGUCAACUCUUGAUAGGUUCAUAAUAAGUUCGCAUAAAUUCAUAUUGGGCUCAAAACGGGUUUGAUUGGGUUAAUUUAAAGUCAUAUGACUUUGGGUCAAGUUAAUUUUGGUUCGGUUAGAUUCGGUUCGAUUAAAUUCGGUUAAGUUGAAAUUAGGAUAUGGUUGAUUCAGUAUUGUACUGUGUCAAUUCCAAUUCAAAUCCUAUUCAAGUUUCACUGAAUUUGGUUCAGGUUGAUCAAAU